CCUUUUCCAUUUAUUUCAAAUCGAUAGCUUUUCGGUGAUUGUCAUUUAACAUUUAUAACUUGUCAAUAGAAAAAAUAAAGAGUAACAAAUGCUGCGUUCUUCGUUUGCAACUAAGCUAAAGCUAUUACUGCCCAACAAUGGAUCAGGUAUUUUAGCCAAUUUUAUACCCAAUCGAGAGCAAAAGACGAUGCCAGUCUAUGAUGGUUUGUGUAAGGAUCCGCCGAAGCAAGGCUAUAGCCCCUUUGGCCGGGAUCAGCGAACAUGGGGGGAAUGGACAGUGGCCAGAUUGGACGACCUCAUCAAUUGGGGGCGCAAGGGCUCGCUGUGGCCCAUGACCUUUGGUCUGGCUUGCUGUGCUGUCGAAAUGAUGCAUAUAGCAGCUCCUCGCUAUGAUAUGGAUCGCUUUGGUGUCGUCUUUCGUGCCUCGCCACGUCAAACGGAUGUGAUCAUUGUGGCAGGGACAUUGACCAACAAAAUGGCUCCAGCACUGCGCAAGAUCUAUGAUCAAAUGCCCGAGCCUCGUUGGGUCAUCUCCAUGGGAAGUUGUGCCAAUGGUGGAGGUUACUAUCAUUACUCGUACUCUGUUGUUCGCGGUUGUGAUCGCAUUAUUCCGGUUGACAUAUAUGUGCCAGGUUGUCCACCCACCGCAGAGGCUCUUAUGUACGGCAUUUUGCAGCUGCAAAAGAAAGUGAAACGCAUGAAAACUCUUCAAAUGUGGUUCAGAAAGUAGAGCCUAAUUGAAAGAACUUGUAACCUUUAAGUAAAGAUUUAAUCAGUA